AUGAAGCGCAGCCUCGACGAUUACGAAAUCUCCGACGACGAGUGGGAGGAGGACCACGCCUCCUCCUUCAAGCCCUCCCGCGUCCUCAACAACAAACCACCGCCCCGGGCCCCACCCCCGCCGGCAAUCGAGUCCUUCGCCUACAAGCGCGGCCGCGCCUCCUCCGCCGACGACGCCGAUUUCGUCGUCGACAUUAGCGACGGCUCCGACGACGAUUGCGUGGAAAUCAAGGACGACGAUUUGGAGGACGACGACGUCGAGGAGGAGGUCGUCCGCAGCCGCCCGGUGACGCGCGGAAGGAGGUUCGUGGUGGAGGACGAGGACAGCGACGGGGAUUGGGCGGAGCUGGAGUCGUCGAGUGAGGAGGAGGAGGAGGAGGAGGCGGAGGCGGUGGGGGACGAUGACGUCGUCGGGAGAGCUUUGCAGAAGUGCGCCAAAAUCUCGGCGGAUUUGAAGCGGGAGCUACACGGCUCGUCGGCGGCGGCGACGGCGAGUGAUCGGUAUGCUGAAGUGGACGCUUCGUCUGUGAGGAUUGUCACUCAGGAUGACAUUAACGAGGCGUGUAGGUCAGACCAGUCCGAUUUUCUGCCUGUUCUCAAGCCAUACCAGCUGGUUGGUGUUAACUUUCUUCUUCUGUUGUAUCGGAAGGGUAUUGGAGGAGCCAUUUUGGCAGACGAGAUGGGUCUAGGGAAGACUAUUCAGGCUGUAACAUAUUUGAUGCUAUUGAAACAUUUACACAAGGACCCAGGUCCCCAUUUGAUUGUAUGUCCUGCUUCAGUAUUGGAGAACUGGGAAAGAGAACUUAAAAAGUGGUGCCCUUCGUUUUCUGUUCUCCAGUAUCACGGGGCUGCGCGUUCCGCAUAUUCAAGAGAGUUGACGUCAUUGGCCAAAGCUGGAAUGCCGCCUCCUUUCAAUGUUAUUCUUGUGUGCUAUUCACUAUUUGAAAGACACAGUGCGCAACAGAAAGAUGAUCGUAAGAUUCUGAAACGUUGGCGUUGGAGUUGUGUUCUUAUGGAUGAGGCUCAUGCUCUGAAGGAUAAAAACAGCUAUAGGUGGAAGAACCUAAUGUCUGUUGCGCGAAGUGCAAACCAGCGUCUAAUGCUGACAGGAACACCUCUACAAAAUGAUUUACAUGAGCUAUGGUCAAUGCUAGAGUUUAUUAUGCCAGAUCUUUUUACUACUGAGGAUGUUGACUUAAAAAAGCUAUUAAGUACUGCAGAUACGGAUUUGAUCAGUCGGAUGAAAUCCAUAUUGGGACCAUUUAUUUUGAGACGUUUGAAAUCUGAUGUAAUGCAACAACUUGUCCCUAAAAUACAACGGGUGGAGUAUGUUAUCAUGGAAAAGGAACAAAAUGAUGCCUAUAAAGAAGCCAUUGAGGAGUAUCGUGCAGCUUCACGAGCUCGUAUUGCAAAAACUUCACAGGCUAAUACAAACAGUAUCAUUGGAGUUAUUCCUCGGCGGCAAAUCUCUAACUAUUUUGUUCAGUUUCGUAAGAUCGCAAAUCAUCCUUUACUAGUAAGGCGUAUUUACAGUGAUGAGGAUGUUGUUCGUUUUGCCAGGAAGUUACAUCCAAUGGGUGCAUUUGGCUUUGAAUGUACUUUAGACAGAGUAAUCGAGGAAAUGAAAAGUUUCAAUGACUUUUCUAUUCACCGGCUUUUACUAUCUUAUGAUAUCACUGAUAAAAAGGGAUGUCUUCCAGAUGAAGAUGUUAUGCUUUCUGCAAAGUCUCAGGCAUUAGCUGAACUUCUUCCUAUACUGAAGCAAGCUGGGCAUCGAGUUCUGAUAUUUAGCCAGUGGACAUCAAUGCUUGAUAUCUUGGAGUGGGCUUUGGAUGUGAUAGGGGUUACAUACAGACGACUUGAUGGAAGUACUCAGGUAACAGAAAGACAGACAAUAGUUGAUACAUUCAACAACGACACUUCUAUAUUUGCAUGCUUGCUGUCCACAAGAGCUGGAGGCCAGGGUUUGAACUUGACCGGAGCUGAUACUGUAGUCAUACACGAUAUGGAUUUCAACCCACAAAUUGAUCGACAGGCAGAAGAUCGCUGUCAUCGCAUUGGCCAAACAAAGCCUGUUACCAUAUACAGGCUAGUGACCAAGGGUACAGUUGAUGAAAAUGUUUACGAGAUUGCCAAGAGGAAGUUAGUGCUUGAUGCUGCUGUCCUCGAGUCUGGCUUAGAGAUGGAAAAUGAAGGCGCAGCAUCUGAGAAGACUAUGGGGGAGAUAUUAUCGAAACUUUUGCUGGGUUAGGACUUGGAACAUUCAAUCUCGGAAUUAGACUGCAAGGGAGAAUCUUUUGGUUCCCUUUUCCUAUAUUUCUAUGCAGCUCUCCUUGUGACUUGUAACUUGUAAGGGCCCUUGUUGUAUCAUUAGAAAUUUCAUAGCUGUAGGUGGGGCAUACUACAAGGGUGUAAUUGGCCCAGUUCUUGUAGCAAUUAAAAGUUGCCAUCAGUCA